AUGGCAGCAGCGGCGGCGCAGAGGCUUCUUGCGGCGAGCACGAAGAUCGUCGGGGCCGGGCGCAACUACAUCUCCCAUGCCAAGGAUCUCGGCAACCCUGUCCUCAAGGAACCCGUCCUGUUCCUGAAGCCCACGUCGUCAUUCCUCCACGCCGGCCCGACGGCCGGCCCCAUCGAGGUGCCCGAGCCGCUCGAGUCGCUGCACCACGAGGUCGAGCUCGCCGUCGUCAUCUCCCGGCGCGCGCGCGAUGUCCCCGAGGCCUCCGCCAUGGAUUUCGUCGGAGGUUAUGCACUUGCUUUGGACAUGUCAUCAAACGAUCUGCAAUCAGCUUCUAAGGUUCCGAAAUCAGCGAUCGCUAAUCCCUAUGACCUAGAACUGUGGCUAAAGGUAGAUGGUGAACUUAGGCAGAAGGGACUUACAAGUGAUAUGAUAUUCAAGAUUCCUUUUCUAAUCAGUUAUAUCAGUUCCAUCAUGACAUUAAUGGAGGGCGAUGUGAUAUUAACUGGUACUCCUCCCGAUGGCGUUGGUCCUGUCCGAGUAGGACAGAAGAUUAAUGCUGGUAUAACUGACCUCAUUGAUGUUGAGUUCGAUGUUCAGAGACGCAAACGUUCAUUUCCUAACUGA